CACAGGGGCGGACUGAAAACUCAUGGGGUCCCCAGGCAAUAGGAAAUCAUGGGGCCCCUGUGUCCUCACCCACACUCAAACCACACCCAAAAAAGCCUAUGAAAGGUACCAGGGGCAUCUCAUGGGGCCCCCUACUGACCCCGGGCCCUCGGGCAGUGCCAGAGUUUCCAAAUGGUCAGUCCGCCCCUGCUUGGAAGCAAAUGUUGCCUUUAUUUGUCAUUGUUUAUGCAACAUUUGCAGAAAAAUCCUUUUUUUUUUAUAAUAUCAUUGCAUUUCACAUGCAAAAUAGGCAAAUUUUAAAAAGACACAUUGCAAAAACUUAGAUCGGUAUAAAAAUCUUG